AAACCAGAUCCUGUUAAGAGUAAUGUCUACAAUCUUAUAUAUGGUAAUACGUAUGGAGAUGGUGGUGAAUUAUUUAAUGGUAGUAGAAUAGAAAUUGAUGUUUUUGCAAACACUCAUUCACAAGCACUUCUUCCAGUACGUCCAGGCUAUAUAGUAGGAGUAUACAUUGAUCCAAAUGCAGUUAAUCAGUUAAGUCUAAUAUAUGAAGACACAGCAGAAGAUAUUGAUAUUUAUUAUUGGGAGAAUCUAACAGGACGAAUGUGUGAUCUUUCUUUAUGUGAUGCCAAAGUGAUGAGAGGGGUAAGACCAUUAAUUGGUUGGAUAUUCAGGAAUAUUGCAAGUGAGAGCACCCUAUCAUCUCAAGAGAACACAAUACAGUUAAUAAGAUCCAUUUUACAAUAUUGUAAUGAAACUGAAGUAUCAUCAUGUGUUCUACCAUCAGUAGAACUAACAUUGUCUUCUACACUUAUUUCAUCAGCAUCAAUAUACAGCUUGUCUUCAUUUGUGAUUUCAUCUCCACCUCUCUCUCCUUCUUUUCUAUCAAUUCCUUCAUCCUCUUCUCCAACUCAAAGAGAUGAUGAUGGUAGUGUGCUCAUGAGUCAAGUAUCUUUAGCUAUUGGUUUAAUAAAUACAUUAAUCAUAAUUUUUGCAGUCAUUUUAUGUUCAUACUGUCUGUAUAAAAACAAGGCCAGUAUAAAGUUAGUGAUUCCUCGAUCCUUUAACAAGACAAACAACACAGGUGACAUAACUAAUUCUUGCUAUGGAGUAAACAAUACUGGCACCAGUGAGGAUAUUGUUGUAUAUGAUGAACUAAAUAGCAUUAGUGAUUCACAACAUAUGAACACAAAUACUGAGGCCAACUCUUGGUAUGGAGUAAGUAAUGAAAGUCAAUUCCCUAGUGGUAUAGAACCAGGAGCUGAUGAUGACUAUAUGUAAUCA